AUGGCAGACGAAGACGCGCCUCCAGAGGUGCAUCACUACAGCAGUUUGCACGAAGUGCCUUGGGACAUCCAAAACUACUGGGCACAACGCUACCGGAUCUUUUCCAAGUACGACGAUGGUGUAUGGUUGACCGAUGAUGCUUGGUUUGGCGUCACACCAGAACCAGUCGCCAACCAAAUAGCUUCACAGAUUGCCGAAUCAGCGCCUGCUGGGCGCAGGAUUCUCGUGGACGCCUUCGCUGGCGCAGGCGGAAACACCAUUGCAUUUGCCCUGACCGGAAAAUGGAAACGAAUCUACGCGAUUGAGAAAAAUCCUGCUGUCCUUAAGUGCGCAAAGCAUAAUGCGAAAAUCUAUGGGGUGGAGGACAAGAUCACUUGGUUUGAAGGCGAUUGUUUCGAGAUUCUAAAGAAUCAACUUAAAGAACUGGCGCCGUACAGUGUCAUCUUUGCCAGCCCACCGUGGGGAGGCCCAGGAUAUCGUUCAGAUCAGGUAUUCAACCUGAAGACCAUGGAGCCAUAUUCCCUCCAAAGAUUGUAUGAUGAAUACUCAGCAUUCAGCAAGCACAUGGUUCUUUACAUCCCAAGGACAUCUGAUUUGAAACAAAUUGCAAAGCUGGUUCCUGACGGUGACAAGGCUACAGUAAUGCACUAUUGCAUGGAGGGUGCAAGUAAGGCGCUGUGUAUUUUCUAUGGGGAUUUCAAUGUGUCAUGACUUAUGGUUGCUAUUCAUCUGACAAUAAUUUCAUGAAAUGUAUUUUUACUUCCAA